UUGUCAUGACAUAUUGACAUUCACAUUAGUGUUUAAACUGAAAUAGUUAAUCAAACACAGUAUCUAACUAUACUUAUUUAUUUGGUGAGAUUGAAAAACAUUGUACAAUUAAAUCAUUGAUCUGAAGAAUACUAAAAUGGAUAAAGAUUUGCAUGAUAAUGGUAAUUGUUACAAAAAUAAGAUCAAUGAAGACCUUGAGGAUGGAGAGAUUUUGGACGAAGAAGAUAAUACUGAAAUGGCUGAAUCAACUGAACAAAGUACAGAGACUAAAGCAUCUAGAGGUAGAUCCAGAGAUAGAUUUUCUAGAAAUGAAGGAGUUACAAUGAAAAGAUGUGCUAGUUAUCAAAUGGACAAUGAUAGAUGUAAGAGAUUUAGAUAUGAUCAGAACAAUAAAAAAGAACAACUUACGUUGAGAAAUAAUCAAUAUGGCUUGUUUAAUAGCAAAACUAAUAAUGACACACCAAUGGAACUUAUUGAGACUGUUAAUGAUGAAGAAAUUUUAUAUGUUAGAAGAACCAAUAGUCCUGAAGAAUUUGAAAAUGAAGAAGAAUUUCAUCCUUUGAAUAACAUUGACCGUAGAGGAAGAGGAAAACGAGUUGAUGGUGGUAGUGGUGCUAUGGAUAUACGCAAUAGAGAUAUGCCUAUGAAACAACAAUUGAUUGCAAGUUCAGGCAUGAAAAAUAAAAGAUCUGAAAAUGAAGAAAAAGUUUGUCAAUAUUUUCUUCAAGGAAAAUGUCAUAAAAAAAAUAAUUGUACCUAUUCUCAUCGACAACCAAAUGAUCGCAAAAUGAAACUAUGCAAAUAUUAUUUAAUGGAUUGUUGUAAUAAAGAGGAUAGGUGUACGUUUAUGCAUAGUGGAUUGCCAUGUAAAUAUCAUACUGGUAUAAAAUGCAAUUCAGGUAUAAAUUGUCGGUUUAGCCAUGCCAAACUUGAUAAAGAACAAAAAAAAAAAUUAUUAAAGUAUGUAAAUGAAAAUGAAGAUUUUAAGAACAAUUUUGAAGAGGAACCAAAACCUCUACGCUCUUCAAAAAUUAAUUGUGUAUCUAAAAAUAAUAAGAAAAAAAUUCGAUCAUUAUCGGAAAUGCAAAUACCUGUACCUCCUGAAUUAAAAAACAUUGAUAAAAACUCAGAUGAAGAUCUAGGUGAGGUAAAUAAUAAUAACAAUAACAAUAAUACACCAAUGCCAUCAUGUUCUCGAGACGAGCCUACGGUUGAUGACACUUUCAAAACUAACAAUGCUGAACAAGUAUCAAUUAUGUUUCAAAAUAAUCAGGCGAUAUAUAAACCUAAAAAAUAUCAAAAACACAUAGAUAGUAAAGAAAGAAAAAAACAAGAAAAAGAAAUUAAGAAAAAACAAAGAGAAGAAAGACACACAAAAAAAAGAAUAGAAAAAACCCAACAACAUAAAGAAGACUUGUCCAUGAAGACCAAUGAUCAACCAUUAUUAGAUGAUCUAAACGAUGAUGACGAAUUUAAUGAUCUUGUUAUUGACAAAGAAAAAUAUCAAAAUGAAAAAAAAGAACAAUUGUCAACAAAUUCUCCCUCUAAGUCAAACUUAUCAAAAGUUGAACAAGUUCAUCUUAAUAAAAUUACUAUAAGUGAUUAUAUGGCUAGACUACCAAAUACUAUAAAAGCAUGUGUCAAUAAAACAAUGAUAGUAAAUCAACCUUCUCCAUUUCAUUUACCAGCAUUAGAACAGCCUAAUAAUUUUGAAGAAACUAUUCAAGAAAAAAAAAAUAUAAUUGAAGAAUCUCCUGCUAGCUCUACUGUUAUUGACAGUUGUCCUGUGGAAUUGGGAAAGUCAGAUGUAGAUUUAAGACAACUGCCUUUUCAAUUUCCCUUUGCAGUAGCUAGAGAGAUAGACGCUUCUCUUAAUAGUCAUCCACCAAUGAAAUACCAUCUAAUACCAUGCCAAGUGUCCAUACCCAACUACUUUAAUAUUUCUCCUAUGAUGGGAAUUGAUGAUCCAAGGCUUAGACGUAAUAUAAUAGCGGCAAAGGAUCCAAUGUUAAUUCAAAAUGCCCCUUUAACUAUUAGUGCAAUUAAUGUUAGACCAAAUGAUCCAUACAGAAAACCCAUAUCUCCUAAAGACCCUUGACAAAGGCAUUAUUUUGACAUGGACCAAAGAAUACAUUACAUAAAUCAUUCUUAAUUUGAUAAUUAUUUAAUAAUCGUUAAACUUUAUUUUUCUUAAAUUACUUAUACUCAGACUAAUAUUGUUCAAAAAAAAUUUAAUUUGAUGUAUUUAUGUUGUAUAAUGUAAUGUACACUUGUGUAAUUACUUAUUAGUAAACAAUUUAAUAACAAUGACUGAUUUGUUUUUUGUAGUCGAAAUCCUAAUACUAUUGUUGUUAAGACUAUUAUAAGAAAAUUAGGUAAAAUGUAAUAGAUUAUCAGCAGUGGCGCAAAUCUAGGGGUGUAGGGGGGGCAACUGCCCCCCUUUAUACUGUUAACUCACUAUGUAAAUUAUAUUUUCUAUUUUUAUUUGAUACAUUUCAUUAUUAUUUAUAUUAUA